CAAGUGUUAGAGUUCCCACAAUUCAUAGUGGUCAUAUAAAGUCAUGUGAGUAUUGUAGGGAUCAGUUGGUGUUAAAAUGUCUACAAGAGUGCUUCUGUUCUGCUUCCUUCUGCUGCUCACGUCAGGAGCGCAAGGCUCAUCUGGCUCAAACCGAAAGCCUGUGUGUGCCGAGAUUGCAGAGAUCCUGGCAUGUCCAAUGAACCUUGCACCUGUGUGCGGUAGUGAUGGAAACACCUAUGCAAACGAAUGCUUGCUGUGUGUGGAAAGACUGAGAACCAAAUCAGAAAUAUUAAUCAUGAGAGAUGGCGACUGUUGACCUCCUCCAGAGCAAUGCAACACACAGGAUCAUUUAAAUGAAUGACUAAAUUAAAGCAUCUGAAAUUGAA